UUCAGUUUGUGCCGCUUACGCGAGAGAGAACGCUGGCGCUUUGCAGUCAUGGUGCAUUGCAGUUGCGUGUUGUUCAGAAAGUAUGGAAAUUUCAUUGAUAACCUAAGACUCUUCACCAAAGGAGGAAGUGGUGGAAUGGGUUAUCCUCGUUUAGGUGGAGAAGGUGGAAAAGGUGGUGAUGUCUGGGUUGUAGCCCAUAAAAAAAUGACUUUAAAGCAACUUAAAGACAAAUAUCCUCAGAAACGGUUUGUGGCUGGAGGAGGAGCAAACAGUCGGGUUAGUGCACUGAAAGGUUCCAAAGGAAAAGACUGUGAAAUCCCUGUACCUCUGGGUAUUUCAGUAACUGACGAAAAUGGUAAAAUUAUAGGAGAACUCAAUAAAGAGGAAGACAGAGUUUUGGUCGCUGAAGGAGGUCUUGGUGGUAAAUUACUUACAAAUUUCUUACCUUUGAAAGGCCAGAAACGAAUAAUUCAUCUUGAUCUAAAACUUGUAGCUGAUGUAGGCCUAAUAGGAUUCCCAAAUGCUGGAAAAUCCUCUUUGCUAAGUCAGGUUUCUCACGCAAAACCUGCAAUUGCAGAUUAUGCAUUUACAACAUUAAAGCCUGAACUUGGAAAGAUUAUGUACAAUGAUUUCAAACAGAUAUCAGUAGCCGAUCUUCCAGGCUUAAUAGAAGGAGCACAUAUGAACAAAGGCAUGGGCCACAAAUUCCUCAAGCAUAUAGAAAGGACUAGACAACUACUUUUUGUUGUUGAUAUUUUUGGAUUUCAGCUUUCUUCAAAAACUCCAUACAGAACUGCUUUUGAAACCAUAAUACUGCUUACAAAAGAGUUGGAGUUGUACAAAGAGGAACUUCAGACAAAACCUGCAUUGCUGGCAGUUAAUAAAAUGGAUUUGCCACAUGCCCCAGAUAAAUUCCGUGAAUUGAUGAACCAGCUCCAGAAUCCUAAAGAUUUUCUGCAUUUAAUUGAAAAAAACAUAAUUCCAGAGAGGACUAUGGCAUUCCAACAUAUCAUCCCCAUCUCUGCAGUUACUGGAGAAGGAAUUGAAGAAUUAAAGAACUGUAUAAGAAAAUCACUGGAUGAUCAUGCCAACCAGGAAAAUGAUGCAUAUCAUAGGAAACAGUUGCUUAAUUUACAGAUUUCCAAUACAGUAUCUUUAUAGUGUGCCACCAUCAAAGCAUGCCACAUUACUAGUUCCAGAAUGGAUAUAAUUUAAAUCUAUUAAAAAUAGAAUACUAUUCAGCUUUUAAAAAGAAGGAAAUUGUAUCAUUUGACAGCAUGGAUGAACUUGGAGGACAUUACGUUAAGUGAAAUAAGCCACGCAGAAGACGACAAAUUCCACAUGAUCUCACUUAUAUUUGGAGCCUAAAAAAUUUGAACUCAUAGAAGCAGAGAGAAGAAUGGUGGUUAUGAGGGGUUGGAAGAUGGGAGAUUGGGGAGAUGCUGAUCAAAGGAAUCAAAACUUAAGUUAGAUAGGAGGAAUAAGUUCAAGAGAUCUAUUGUACGGCAUGGGGACUAUAGUUAUAACAAUGUGUUGUAUUUUGGAAAUUGCUAAGAGAGUAGAUUUUAAGUGUUCUUGCCACAAAAAAUAGGUAUAUGAAGUAAUGCAUAUGUUAAUAAGCUCAAUUGAGCCAUUCCACAAUGUGCAGCCUGCCCUCUUUAUCCAUGAGUUCCACAUCCGUGCAUUCAACCAAAUGUGGCUUGAAAAAUAUCAGAAAAGAUUACGUCUGUACUGAACAUGUACAGACUUUUCUCAUCAUCAUUCCCUAAACAAUAUAGUAUAACAACUGUGUAGCAUUAUGUUAGGUAGUAUACGUAAUCUACAGAUGAUUUACCGUAUGUGGGAGAAUGUUCAUUGGUUAUAUGCGAAUACUAUGCCAUUUUAUAUCAGAGACUUGAGCAUCCUGUAAUUAAUCCACCACAGAUACCAAGGGAUAACAUAUUUCAAAACAUUAUGUUGUCCAUGAUAAGUACAUACAGUUUUUAUGUGUCAAUUGCAAAUGGUAAUGAAAUUGUUAAUUUGAAAGCUCUUUCACUUUUUAAAAAUAUUGUUACUAACCUUCUGAUAUGCACCAUCAUUCAAGAAUCAUACCUUUUUAAGUUGUUUUGUAGUAAAGCAUAUCAAUAGUAAAAAAGUAACUGAGAGCUAAAAAUUACAUUUUACAUGUUUAUGGCUAAUUGACCUAUAACAUUCUGUAAUAUUCCUUUACUUCUGUCUCUAUUGAGAUCAUUUUAAAAAAUUAUAUGGAAGGAUUUCCUAGGUUAGAAUGAGCAGCUAGGUUUUGUUUGUUUUUGGAUCUGCUGUGUACCUGGUUGCACUAAAUAUACAAUAAUUCACUUUUGUGGAAAACCUCUAAACCCUAAAUUUGAACAUAUGCUCAGUGAUAAUAAAGAUCACUGAUAAUAUCUAACAGAAACCAGCAGAUGUUUGUGACAUGAACUUUUGGAAAAUUUUUCUUAAGUAUAUUAAUAUUUUUCCCUGCUUUGGAGGAGACUGAUCUGUAUGUCUCAUUUUUUAUGUCCUAGUCUGUUUCAACAUCUACUUUCAUAUUUUAGUAAAGAGUGAAGUGCAGACUUCAAACAGUAUUAUCAAUCCUCAAUAUAUUUGUAAGACGUUACAAUUUCUAAGUUCCUGAGGUUCCAAAAAUACUUACAAAUUGGAUAUUUUCCCUUUAUAUGAGUUUUAUUAUAAAAUAUACAUGUUGGGGAAAAAAAUCAAACAGUACAAAAGCAUAUGAAGUAAAAAAAUAAAAGUGCCCUUCUUUCUGCAUUAGGUCCUGAUAUGGAUUAUUUUGUGUCCCCCAACUUUUAUGUAUUAGAAGCUCGAUCCCCGCUGAUGACUAUUAAGAGGGUGGGAAAUCCUAUUAUGGUAGUUGAAAGGUGGCACCUUGAAGAAGUGAUUAGAUCACAGGACCAUGCUGUAGUGAAUGGAUUAAGAAUGGUGGUGAACAGCGUGAUUCUGAGGUCUUUAAAAGGCGAGUGCGUGAGGAGCUCUAUCUGCUCCACCAGUUUUUGCCAUGUGAGACCUCUACAUUGCUGUAAAGCCACCACCAACGGAGAGUGUCAUAAGAUGUGUUGCCUGCAUUUUGGACUUCUCAGCCUCUGAAAUUAUAUGCAAUAAAUUUCGUUUCCGUACAAAUUACCCAGUGCCAGGUAUUUUGUUAUAAGCAACAGAAAUGGACCCCCCAAUCAUUCCCAAAGAAAACCACUGUUAAUAGUUUAUGUUCUUGCAGAAAUAUUUUAUGCAUGUAUUUUUUACCCAAAUGAGUUCAUUAUGUAAAAAUUUUCCAACUUAAUUUUUUUAUAAAGCAGUAGCAACUUAAUGAGCUUUAAAAAUUAUUCAUCAGUCUACAGCUAUACCACCUUGAACAACCCCAAUCUCAUUAUGGUCUAGAAAACUAAGCAGGGUGCUUGGGUGGUAUUUGGAUGGGAGACCAUCAGGGAAUAUUGAGUGCUGUAGACUUUUACGUAAUUUUAAAAAGUUAAAAAUGAAAAUUACUCUCAUGCUCCUUUUAAAUUAUUAGAAAUUUUGUCCUGCAUCAGCCAGCCACCAAAAAAAAAGAAAAAAGUUUUGGAAUUUAAUGAAUUUAAUGCUUUGUAAAAGCUUUUAUAC